AUUUUUUACCGUGCAACUUUGUGACUUUUCGUGUUUUCAUAUCGCAGUCAAUCAAACAUUUAUUACAAAUAAAAUAAAAUAAACAUUAUACUGUCUGACGUCCGAGUGCGGAGUAACACGGAAUUGCUUUUUAGAAUUGAUGCUAGUUCUAGAUUAAAUUUAGAAAUACUUGGUUCUUGUCAUUUAUUGUAACUAUUUGUAUAGUGUUAAUAUGCAACUGUGAUGUAAAUAUCUUGGUUGAAGCAUAGAGGUGUUGAAGGGUACCUUUAAGCUUUAUUUUAGGUAGAAUACUAGUUGUAUAAAAAAAAUCUAAAGCUUUUUGACAUGUCUUUCAUAACCAAAAGUGCAGUGUCGUUACCAGUUUUGUCUUCAAAAAUCUUUCAAUGUUUAGGUUUUUUAAAUUAUACAGUUACACGAAGGUACAGCAAUCAAAAGCAUCACAGUUAUGAUAUUGUGGUAAUUGGUGGAGGAAUUGUUGGAUCCGCUUCUGCUCGUGAAUUAAUAUUACGACAUCCGUCACUGAAGAUAGCAAUAGUUGAGAAAGAAAAUCGUUUUGCAUGUCAUCAAAGUGGAAACAACAGUGGUGUAAUUCAUGCUGGUAUUUACUACAAACCUGGUUCAUUGAAAGCCAAGUUAUGUGUAGAAGGUUUGAAUUUAUCAUACCAAUACCUUGACAAGAAAGGUAUUAAAUAUUCAAAAUGUGGCAAACUAAUUGUAGCUACACAAAGGUCAGAAGUGCCCCGCCUUCUUGAUUUGUAUGAUAGGGGAGUUAAAAAUGGUGUUAAGGAUAUUAAACUUCUGGAUUCUAAAGAGAUGCGUGAAUUAGAACCAAACUGUAGAGGACUAGAAGCACUGUGGUCACCACAUACAGGUAUUGUAGACUGGGGUGAAGUAACUAAUUCCUAUGUGAAAGACUUUGAGGAAUGUGGUGGAAAAAGUUACCUUAAUUUUGAAGUAACUAAAUUCAUUGAAUCAGAGGGGGCUGAGUACCCUGUUAUUUUAAAUAGUUCAAAAGUUGACAAAAUAGAGGCGAAGUAUGUGUUAACCUGUUGUGGUUUACAAUCAGAUACAGUAGCGGUAUUAACUGGAUGCCCUGAGGAGCCAAAAAUAAUUCCAUUCAGAGGUGAAUACUUGUACUUAAAGCCAAAUAAAAGUAAAAUUGCAAAAGCCAAUAUUUACCCAGUACCUGACCCAAGAUUUCCUUUCCUUGGUGUACACUUGACACCAAAGAUAGAUGGAAGAGUUAUUGUCGGACCUAAUGCUAUUUUAGCAUUUUGUAAAGAGGGGUACAGAUGGGGUGAUGUGAAUAUGAAGGAGUUAAGAGAAAUAAUUAGAUUCUCUGGAUUUCAAAGGAUGGCUCUAAAAUAUGCAAGUUUUGGGUUGAAAGAAAUGAGUAGGUCACUUAUUAUGCCACUCCAAGUAAUGCAAAUACAAAAAUAUAUACAAAACAUAACUAGUGCUGAUGUGGAAAGAGGGCCAGCGGGAGUCAGAGCGCAAGCUAUGGCAAAAGAUGGCACAUUGAUAGAAGAUUUUGUGUUUGAUUCUCAACCUGGGUCUGGUGCAAUUGGCAGUCGAGUGCUGCAUUGUAGAAAUGCACCAUCUCCCGGUGCUACAUCAUCUUUGGCUAUCGCUAAAAUGAUAGCAGAUAAAAUGGAAGAAGAGUUCAAACUAUAGCAGGUUGUUUUUUGAGUAUAUUUAUUACACUACUUAUACUAUUGUAAGUACAAAUGUUUUUAAUAUGGGCUAUUAUUUUAUAAGAGUCUACAAUAUAUAAUGCACAGUAAUAUUCCAGACACAAUAUAUCUAAUUGAAUUAGUACAACUGUGAUGUUUUAUGUAUUUUUAAUGACACAUCUUAUCAGCUUGUGGAUGACAAGUUUGUUUAUUAUGAGUUAUGCAAUAGUUUCUUUGUGAUAAAAUCCAGAUAGCUAUAUAAACACAUACACAUUUAUAUAGUAAACAAAUGGAUUGAUUAAUAGUUUUAUUUACUUCCUAAACCGUCUUGGUUGAAAGUAUACUAAACAUAAAUCCUAUUUUAUGACUAUUUAGAAGUAAUAUAAUAUAAGCGUCUCUAGUUUAAUCAACACUAUUGGUAAUUGGGAUUAUGUUAUCUAGUCUUGUAAAUGCAAGUCGGAUUGUUGUUUAUAUAAUGCUGUUUACAUUUAAAUAUUGCAAUAAUGUCAUUAAUUAACAUGAUUAUAUUGUUCAUGUCUGAUGAGAGCAAGGAUUUAUUGAUUUUUUUAAGGAAAAUGGACAUUAUAUUAUGUUAAAAAUUACAUUUUCCGUGUAUA